AUGUCUGUGAUUCUUUGCACAGCGGGCUACGACCACACUAUUAGAUUCUGGGAGGCCCUCUCCGGCAUCUGCUCCCGCACGAUCCAACACCCCGACUCCCAGGUCAACCGCCUCUGUAUCUCCCCCGACAAGCGCUUCCUUGCCGCCGCAGGCCACCACACGGUCAAGCUCUACGACAUCAAGUCGACGAAUCCGAACCCGCUGCUGACCUUCGAGGGCCACACGGGAAAUAUCACCGGCGUUGCCUUCCACUGUGAGGGCAAGUGGAUGGUUACCAGUUCCGAAGAUGGCACAGUCAAGAUCUGGGAGACGCGCAGCGGCCAGGUCCAGCGCAGCUACAACCACGGCUGUCCUGCCAAUGAUGUCGUGAUCCACCCAAACCAGGGUGAGAUCAUCAGCUGCGACCGCCAGGGUAGCGUUCGUGUCUGGGACCUGGCCGAGAACAAUUGCUCCCACCAGUUGAUCCCCGAAGAGGACGUCUCCGUCUCGAGCGUCACCGUCGCCAGCGAUGGUUCUCUGCUGUGUGCUGCGAACAAUGGUGGAAAUGUUUUCGUAUGGCAGCUACUGCAAGCCUACGAUCGCACACAGCUUCUACCGGUUACUCACUUCAACGCGCACAAGGAGUACAUCACGCGGAUCCUUCUCUCGCCCGACGUCAAGAAGCUCGCGACCUGCAGCGCCGACCACACCGCCCGCAUCUGGGAGGUGAAGGACCUCGAGCCUGCCGCCGACCAGGAGCCGAAGCCUUUUCCGCUCGAGGCGACCCUUACAGGCCACCAGCGCUGGGUAUGGGACUGCGCGUUUAGCGCCGAUUCGGCUUACCUGGUGACGGCCUGCUCCGACCACUACGCCCGGCUGUGGGAACUCCACAGCCAGCAGAUCAUCCGCCAGUACAACGGCCAUCACAGAGGCGCGGUGUGCGUCGCCCUCAACGACUACUCAGAGUCCGCUAGAUGA